AGGGGGUGUCUGAUUGUGCUUGAUUGUUUGCAUGCAUAUGUCUGCAACUUAUGUUCUCCUCCAAAGCAUAGAAUUCCCCACAAACAAUUUGCUCUAAUAUAUACUCUAAACAGAUCAGCCAUUUCCAACCCCUCCACCCAAUCUGGCAAAGCCCAGAGAGAGAGAGAGAGAGAGAGAGAGAGAGAGGCUGUCAGAACGCAGAGCUCACAAGGAUAGAACGCAGAGCUCACAAGGAUUUCGCCACUGACACAGGUCCGGACAAAGCCCACCACCCGUUUGAGAAAAUUCCAGAGAGAAAGAAAGAGGGGAAUGGAUGCGGGGAAAAUAGUGGUAAUAGUGGAAGAUGUAGAGGCCGCAAGAACGGCUCUGGUUUGGGCCCUCCACAACCUUCUCCGCCACGGCGACGUUCUGACUCUCCUCCACGUUUUCCCUUCAAGAUCCAGAAGCAAGAAGAAGCUUCGCCUCAACCGCUUGAAUGGCUUCCGAUUGGCCCUCUCCUUCAAAGACAUCUGCAGCGGCUUCCCCAACGCGAAGAUUGAGAUCGUUGUGACGGAAGGAGAUCAAGAAGGCGUGACGAUAGCAAGAGUGGUGCGGGAAAUUGGAGCUUCCACGCUCGUGGUUGGGCUUCAUGAUCGGAGCUUUCUUUACAAGUUGGCCAUGUCCAAGACCAAUAUUGCAAGCAACUUCAACUGCAAAGUCCUUGCCAUCAGGAAGCCAACAGCACCAUUGACCACAAGGAAUACUAAUAUUAGAUUACCUGCAGACGGUUCAACCAACAUGGACUUCUCUCAGAUUGAAAUUGGUACAGAGCUAAGCAUUCCAGAUGUUGAUCCACCUAAAAUCCCAUAUAGAAUCUGUCCAAACCCUUCUGCAAUUAUAUGGAGUUCCAGGAAGACAAGAAGAAAGAGGAAUUCCUGAAGGCAAAGACUGGUUUCAUGAUCUUGAAUAAGUAAAGUUAUACCGUUCCAAUGGCCCUGGAAAUUCCAACUCACGUGGGCUUUUCAUAUACAGCACAAAGACACAGAUUAGAGACGUGCCAUUGGCACAACAGAGCUAGUUGCCACAGGUGUUUAUAAUCACAAAUUUCUGAUUUGUAACACAUCCAGGGAUAUAAUAUAUCAUUGUAUUUGUCCAGAAAGAGGCAUAUCACGGGCCAGAGGCUGCCAAAAAAUAAAAAGCUUGAAGCUAUUCCAAGAGCAUUUGAUCAAUAGAGCCAUUUAUUCAUAUAGUU